ACACCCCUCACCUUCAUCAUCGCUUUCAGAUUCUCCUUGCGGCUGAGGUUUCCUCAACUGUCCCCUCUCCUCUUACACAGUGCUUCCUCAACGGCCAAAAUGGGGGAAAAGCGUCUUGAACAAGCUGAAGAGCACUACUUCCAGAGCUACAAUCAUCAUGGCAUUCACGAGGAGAUGUUGGUUCGUGAUAUUCCCCUGUUUGUCCCGCCCUUUACCACUGGAAAAAUUAGCUCAUAUCGUAUCUUCCGCCAGAAAGACGAGGUGAGAACCAACGCCUACAAGAACGCCAUUUAUCAGAAUGCGCACCUUUUCAAGGACAAGGUUGUUCUGGAUGUUGGAUGUGGAACAUCCAUCCUUAGCAUGUUCGCUGUUAAGGCUGGUGCCAAACAUGUCAUCGGCGUUGAUAUGUCUACCAUCAUUGAAAAAGCAAGCGAAAUUGUUAAGAUCAACGGAAUGAGCGACCGGAUUACUCUUCUUCAAGGAAAGAUGGAGGAAGUUGUGCUUCCUGUUGAAAAGGUCGAUAUCAUCAUAUCUGAGUGGAUGGGUUACUUCCUACUGUAUGAAAGCAUGUUGGAUACAGUUUUGCUUGCCAGAGACAAAUAUCUUGCCCCCGGAGGAUUGAUAUUUCCAGACAAGGCUCAUAUCUACAUGGCUGCUAUUGAAGACGGAGACUAUAAAGAGGAGAAGAUUGGCUAUUGGAACAACGUCUACGGAUUCGACUUCACACCCCUUCAGAGAACCGCCCUAGCCGAGCCUCUUGUCGACACCGUAGAGAUGAAAGCUGUAGUUACAGAUCCCGGCCAAGUUUUCUCUAUCGAUUUGUACACUGUCAUGGCACCCGAGCUCGCAUUUCACGUGCCCUUUGAACUCCAUUUCAACCGGAAUGACUUUGCGCACGCAUUCAUCGCUUGGUUUGAUAUCGAGUUUUCGGCGUGCCACAAGCCGAUCAAAUUUUCUACAGGACCUCAUGCGAAAUACACCCACUGGAAACAGACCGUCUUCUACCUCCAUGAAGUUCUGAGAGUUAAUAGGGGUGAAGUCAUCACCGGCAGCAUCAGCUCAAAGCCUACGGAGAAGAACAGGAGGGAUCUCGACAUCAAAAUUGACUAUCAGUUACAAACUGCAGAUCCUUCUCGCGCAAGUGCUGGCAGUUGCAAUUAUAAAAUGUGUUAACCCACAAAUUGUUGCAACUUCUGUUCUGUUGUCAUGACUUCUACGGCUCUCGGAAUAGGAUUGUUACUAUUAUUAUUUCUUGCAUGGCAGUAACGGUACAGGGUUGGUUUAAUAUAAAGUCAGCAUUUAGUGGUUGUACGAUAUACUUGUAGAGGUGUGAACAAUGGAAGACUCUAAAAAAG